CCUACAGCAAAGCUGAAUUAGGUAGACAUCCUUCAGAAACGUUAGCACAAAAAAAUGUUUCUUUGAGUUGAAAAAAUACCUAAUGAAUGAGGAUUUAUGUAACGAGAAAAUAUUAUCAAUAUUUUUGAUCUGAAUGAUAAUCAGAGUCUGGACUGAGUGUUAAAAAUACAUUCUGUGGGGAAACAAAUCAUGUCAUGUUUUCUUUAUGGAUUUUUUUUUCAAAUCAGAAAUCUACAAAUGAACAACUUCGUUUCAUUGAAACUUCAUCAUAUGUAAAAAUAAAAAAAAAAUGUUUUUAUACUUUCUUAAGCAAAAUUUCUUGUAGUAGCAUUUUAUUUUGAACAUAUAUUUUCUUUAACCAGAAGCUUAAGAAUACCAACUUCGGCCCGUCUGGACUGGUCUGUGAAAAUAUUGUCCAACUGGUCUGUGCCCUGAAAAGGCUUGGGGACGACUGCUCUCGUGUUCUUGAGGCUUUUCCCGAAGCUGAACAAUAAUUUCAAAGGGUUAUGUCAUCAGCAAAGACUCGUGCCUCAUAAACUGUUACUUAUAUGAUCUAUUUUCAUUUAAGAUCAAAUGGAUUCAGCGGCACCGGCUCUAUUUCAGGAGCUGACUAUUAGAGUGUAAUUACUACAUGUUAGAUUAUGUCAUUUACUCAGAGAAGAUGGGGAGUUAAGGAUGAGUCACCUCCAUCAAUUAAAGCCUCAGAGGAAGAGUGAAGCGGUAGGAUAUUUGUUGCCUCUCCGUGAGUCACAAAGUGAUAAUCUUAAGGUCCUCCAACCUCCCUUUUUAACUUCAAAGAGAACAACUAUCUCACAUGUAUAAUUACCUCCUUAUUGAUUCUUCAGGAUCGAAAGGGAAAUGUUUUUUUUUUUUUUUUUGCUGUGAAAUAUGUCUGUUUGUUGAUAACUCAUCUCAAUUGCGGUCACGAAAGAAGAUCGUUAGAAGACGGAUCCUCAAGGGGAGUGCAGGAAUGGUGUUAUUGCGUUAGUUAGCCUUUAAGUAUGCAUGUGCUCAAGUGGUUGAGCAAAUGUUUGAACAACCACAGAUGCUGUAGCAUCAAUCCGCAGCGGCAGAAAAAAGUUCCGCUGACAUGAAGGCACCUGUGUCUUUUAUCGAGCACAGACCCAUCGAUGACUCUUUCUUUCUUCCUCUUUCAUUUUUGCAUCUCCAGGCUGUAAGGACAGGGGAGGAAGAUGAGACCUCCCAGCCCUCUCCUGAUCCUGCUGUACAUCACUCUGUCCAAAAGUCUAAAGGUGGUCUCAAAGAGAGGCUCGGUGGACGGCUGCACGGAUUGGUCCGUGGACUACCUAAAGUACCGGGUGCUUCAGGGUGAGCCCGUUCGCCUUAAAUGCGCUCUGUUCUACGGAUACAUCCGAGCCAAUUACAGCCAGGCACAGAGUGUGGGUCUCAGCCUCAUGUGGUACCGCAGCUCGGGCCUCGGCCACAGCGACUUUGAAGAGCCCAUCUCUUUCGACGGCAUCCGGAUGAGCAAAGAGGAGGACGCCAUCUGGUUCCGACCUGCAGACCUCCAAGAUGUGGGCCUGUACUCCUGUGUCCUGCGGAACUCCACAUACUGCAUGAAGGUGUCCAUGUCUCUCACUGUGGCUGAAAAUGACACCAACCUUUGUUACAAUUCCAACAUGAGGAGAACGGAGAAGGCUGAGCUCAGUAAGAGUAAGGAGAUCCUCUGUCCUGACAUAGAAGACUAUGUGGAACCCGGAAAGGAGCUGAACAUCACGUGGUUUAAGGAGUGUCAUCCAAAGCAGUGGAGAGCCAGCAUCAUCCAGAAGAAAGACAUUCUGUUUAUCCAAGAAGUAACUGAAGAGGAGAUUGGGAAUUACACUUGUGAGGUCCAAUUCAGCGGCUUCGUCGUCAGAAGGACGACUGAACUCACCGUCACCGCCCCUGUGACCGACAAGCCGCCGAAGAUCCUUUUUCCCACGGAAAACAAGAUUAGCACCAUAGAGCUGCAUCUAGGAAGCCCUUUGAACCUCACGUGCAGAGCGUUCUUCGGCUACAGCGGCGACGCCAGCCCGCUUAUUUACUGGAUGAAGGGGGAGAAGUUUAUUGAGGACCUGGAUGAAGAGAGGAUCCAGGAGAGCGACAUCAAAGUUGUAAAGGAGCAUCUCGGGGAGCAGGAGGUGGCAAUAUCCCUAACUAUUAACGCCGUGGAGGAGGAGGACUUGGGAAAUUACUCUUGUUACGUGGAAAACGCUCAUGGCCGUCGUCAUGCGAGCGUCCAGCUUUUCAAGAGGGCAGAGCUCAUGUACACCGUGGAGCUUGCAGGAGGGCUGGGAGCGAUCCUGCUGCUUCUCAUCUUUCUCAUUUCCCUCUACAAAUGCUACAAGAUUGAGCUGAUGCUUUUCUAUAGGAGACACUUUGGCAGCGAAGACAUAGAUGGAGAGAACAAAGACUAUGAUGCGUAUCUGUCAUACACUAAAGUGGACCCUGAUCAGUGGAGUCAGGAGACCAGGGAGGAGGAGCGCUUUGCCCUGGAGAUCCUUCCUGACGUCCUGGAGAAACAUUAUGGUUACAAACUGUUCAUCCCAGAUCGAGAUCUGAUUCCAACAGGAAGUUUCACCAAUGAGCAUUACCAGGAUGACACACAACUCUUUGGAGCGUACAUCGAGGACGUGGCUCGCUGCGUGGACCAGAGCAAGCGUCUCAUCAUCGUCAUGACGCCCAACUACGUGGUGCGGCGAGGCUGGAGCAUCUUCGAGCUGGAGACGCGCCUGCGCAACAUGCUGGUGACGGGCGAGAUCAAAGUCAUCCUGAUCGAGUGCGCCGAGCUGCGCGGCAUCAUGAACUACCAGGAGGUGGAGGCCCUCAAACACACCAUCAAAGCGCUCUCCGUCAUCAAGUGGCGCGGCCCCAAAAGCAACAAGCUCAACUCCAAGUUCUGGAAGCAGCUGCAGUACGAGAUGCCGUUCAGGCGCACGGAGCCCAUGCUCACGCACGAGCCCGCGCUGGACGUCAGCGAGCAGGGCCCCUUCGGAGAGCUGCAGACCGUCUCCGCCAUCUCCAUGGCGGCGGCCACCUCCACCGCCAUGGCCACCGCCCACCCCGAGCUGCGCUCCUCCUUCCACAACACCUACCACACCACCAUGAGGCAGAAACACUACUAUCGCAGCUACGACUAUGACUUGCCCCCAGGGGGUACCCUCCCGCCCCUGUCGUCUCUCGGGAACCAGCACACCUACUGCAACAUCCCACUGACUCUGCUGAACGGCCAGAGGCCCCCCGGGAAGAGCCGGGAGCACAGCCUGGAGGAGGCUCACGCCAACAACGCCAUGCUCCCUCUACUGCCACGAGAGACCAGCAUCUCCAGCGUCAUCUGGUAGUCAUGAGGUGGAAGUCCAGUCCAGGUCGUGAUGGCGAGACGUGUUCCAGAUCCCUUUGGCUCCAGCCAGUCGUGGAAGAGCAGGCGGGAAGACUUUCACUCUCUUUUAUAGAGAACGUUUUCUAUGUGGACCUCAGAGUGAUAUAAUAAAAACAUUGUUUUAACAACAACUAGAAAUAGACCAAGAACUGCAUAACGAUAACACCCGAGCAUCCAUACAUACAAGCGGAAGGAAAACAGGGUCUGUACAUAUAUUUGAAUUUCUUUGUAGCAUCUGUGUUUUCCUGUUUUCUUCUUUUCUCCAAUUAUUUCAGUCAAGUCUGUUUCCAUCUCUAUUAUUGUAGGACUUUGCUUUAACUUGCUACACAAGUGUGUAUAUUUUGUAUUGAUUUUUUUGUUUGUUUUUGUACUUACUUUAGUUUGCUAGAUCAAAGCGCUGAUAUUUCAUGCGCCUGUGAGGAUGCAUUGUAUUUUUUUAUUAAUUUGUCUUGUUUUAAAGAACUUUUGUUGCUUUUUUUUGGAUGAUUUUUCAAAUGCCCUGGACUUUUCAGGAGCUCCGAUGAGCUUGGGUUUGCUUUUGUUUUCCUGUAAAAGGUGUAUCUAGUUUAUAAGGAAACUCUCUUCGGAAAAAAGAAAAAAAAAUCAUAGAAUAUGCAAAAAGAAGGAGAAGCUGGUAAAAUAUAUAUAUACAUAUGUGUAUCGCUCUGUGGGACUGGGAAUCAAUUUAAGAGCCCCUUCAAUCAGACAGACCGAUAGACUGGCACAUCUAUCUCUAAAGCUUCGUUUUUUCUAUUCAGACGAACAGCCUGGCUGUUUUAGAGUGAUAGUAAAAUGCCUCACCUUAAAAAACAAAUAUGUAGAUUAUUUUAAAAAAAGAAAUCUAUUUUUAUAACAGAACAGAGUUUGCUUGAGAGAUCAUACUUCUUUGCCGCUCAUCUUCCACCGAGAGAGGACCUGUGUAUUAAUGUUUUGUACUCUUGCGACGUGAUUUCUGCCUCGUUCUGAGACAAAUGACACGCGACAAAACAACCUCUGCUGUUACAGAAUCAAAAGUGAAACAUUUUGGUCAUCUUUUGAUUUUUUUUGCUUUCUUAAAGCAUACUACUCCCAUUCGGAUGAUGGCAUUUGGCUCAUAUUUAUAGUUCAUGUUUAAGCGAAGAAAAGAAAACAUUUGUCUUUUGGAAGAAUUUUUAAAUAUAUUUGAAGGUGUGACUUUUGAGUAUGCAUAGAAAAUAGAUAUGUAUUCUAUAUAUAAUAUAGAUAUUUAUAUAAAUAUAUAAACACAAUUUUCACUUGGAAAGAAAUGUCUAUCUUUAUAGAAACACGAUCAUGAUCAGUUGCCCUUACUUUCUCACUGCACAUUAAAUGCAUUGAUUUCCUUUUGA